GGAUUAAUUCAUAUGUGUACGGCGCCUCAGGGAUGGACGAACGCCGUAGCAAUUGUUCAGAGAUAUAUGAUGAGAGUCAUGCAACCACUUUGUCCGGACGUGACCUCACCUUAUAUAGAUGACGUGGCCAUACCUGGGCCGCGCGUGAAGGAUGAGACGGAGGUGCUGCCAGGCGUUCGAAAGUUUGUUUGGGAGCACGUUCGUAACGUGGAGAAGGUCCUGUCCAAGUUAAAGGAGUACAACCUCACCGCCAGCGGUGUCAAAUCUCGACAUUGUAUGCGUGAGGUAACUAUCUUGGGCUUCUUGUGCGAUGAGAAGGGUCGUCGGCCAGAUUCCAAGAAGACAAACAAGAUUCUGGAAUGGCCGACUCCGCUUAAGUCCAUCACUGAUGUGCGCAGUUUUUGGGGGACUUGCGGAUUCUGGCGCAUCUUCAUUCGCAAGUUUGCAGCAAGGGUGAAGCACCUACGAAAGUUGGUGCGUAAAAAUCAAGAAUGGGAAUGGGGUCCAAGACAACAGGCGGCGGUGGACGAUAUCAAGGCUCAGUUCCGAGAAGGAGGAUUGAUCCUGGGGGUCCCGUGCUUUGACAAUGACCCGAAUCGGCCCUUUGUGGUUGAAACGGAUGCAGGCCCCACAGCACUGGGUGGUGUCCUCAUCCAAAAGGAUGGAGAAGGGCGAGAAAGGCUAUUGAGAUUUGAAAGUCGAAUGUUGAAUGAGGCGGAACGGAAAUAUUCCCAAUUUAAAAAGGAAACCCUUGCAGUGCUUCAUUGUUUCAAGAUCUUCCGAAACUAUGUGUUUGGGAGACGGUUCGUCCUGCGGGUGGAUCCAACUGCCCUGGCGCAGUCACUAAGGAAUUACUCUCCCUCGGAUCCAACUAUUGCUCGAUGGUUGAUCUAUAUCUGGAUGUUCGAUUUCGAGAUCAAGCGCAUUGCAGGAGCGAAAAAUCGAGCAGAUGGAUUGAGUCGGAUCGAGUGGGACUCCUCGAAAGAUCAGGCAGAAGACUCGGUUCCUGUGGAUGGGUUCUUGGAGGCGGACGAGCAACAAUUAAGUAUCAAUGUUUGGGAGUACAUCACUAAUUCCUCGUCCCGACCUGGGAAGUCUAUCUGGAGUUCGCCGAGUUGUUAUCAAAGGCGUUCAGAACUUGUAAGGAGAGAGUCCUUUAUUGAGGAGGAUCCUUGGGGCGAACGAUCUGCUGAGCAAAUGAUGAGGUUGGCAUUGUCGGAUCCGGUACGACUGUCGGAAGAGCCACUUACGAUUGAAGGAGGACAUGAGCAAGGCGACGAAAUCCUCAGGAUCUCCGGGGGGAAUGGUAUUUCUCAUUAAUUCGUUAAUACAGGAAGAUCGCGACAAGUUAAUGUUGGAAGAAGGGGAAGGCAGUGAGAUCAAAGAAGCCUUUCGCGAG